AUGUCAGCAGAACAGGAUCCCAACCGCGCGGUGGAUGCCUUCGUCGGUGCGAUCCGCAAUCUAGCCUCCGAUGAUAACUACAAGGUGAUUGCAGAUGUAUUCAGAGACGUCCAAAAUUUAAAGACAGAAAACGCACGUCUGGCAUCAUCAUCGCGCGAUGUUUUAGAAGAGUAUCGCAAGUUCCGGAACGAACUGGAGGCGAAAGAGACCGAGUUGAUGAACGAAAGAACCCAACUACAACGGUCCAUUGAGAUCAAAGAUGCGCAGAUUCAGGAUCUGGAGGCUGCCAACAACAAACUUGACGUCAAUUUUCAAAAGAGUCGGCGCAAGCUAGACGAGGAAAGUCAAAAGUGUCUUGAACUUGCCGACAAAAGAAAGGAGCUGGAAACCACUGCUAGCAACCUGAAAUUAUCGCUUGACGAGAAAAGCAAGCUGCUGAGUGGCUUAGAAGGCAUCCGGUCCGAAAUGGAUUCUGAGCUUGCCGAAGCUAAAGGGAACUUGGAUUUGAGAAUCGCGGAGCUCGUCAGUCUCCAAGGCGCGAAGAAAGAUGCCGAGGACCAACUGGCCGACAUGAAGGCAUCAGUCGACGAGAACAUCAAGCAACUGAAGACUAUCGAGGAAGCAAAAGACAUAGUCGAUGCUCAACUCGCAACAGCCAAUCUCGAGUUGGAGGGGAAGACAAGGGAGAACGAGGAGCUCACCGCAGCUAGGGACAAACUGGCAGCAGAGCUGGCCGAGGCCAGCAGCAAACUUUCCGAAACAUCCAAAGAGAUUGACGAGCUCUCAAAUUUGAGAUCCAGCUUGGACACACAGCUUGCUGAACUCACCACAAGAAUGGAUGGUCAGGCCCAGGAGCUGAAUGAUCUGGUCCAGGCCAAAGCAGGGCUGAACAGUGCCCUGGUUGAUGCCAACGCAGCGCUCGAGGACAAGACCAUGGAAACAGAGGAACUCACAUUACAACUAGCGGAGUCAAAAGUCAACUACGAGAACAAAGCUGCCCAGGUUCAGGACCUGACAUCACAGCUUGCAGAUGUCAACGGCAAGUUUGAAGCAGGGUCACGAGAGCUACAAGAACUCUUUGAGGUGAAAGCAUCAGUCGACGCUCAGUUGGCUGAAACCAAGGCCCAACUGGAAGGCGAGCAAGCUGCAAAGACGGCCGCCGAGGACGGAUUAAAAACGGCCACUGAAAACCUCCAGAAGGAGGCAGACAAGACCAGCAUUUUGUUGGAUGAAGUCGCCCAUCUUCGACAGACCAUAUCCGAUAAGAAUGAGGAGGUCGACAAGUUGAAGAGUGAGGUUGCAGAGGGAAAUAACAGUCUUUCUCAGGCGCAGUCGAGCGUAAAGAAAUUGGAGAACCUCGCCCAAGCUCUCGAACGAGAGCUGACAGCCAAAACGGACAGGCUCGACAAGAUCGACACUUACCAAUUGAAGCUGAAGCACGAGCCAGAGGAGACGUACGUCGAAAUCCUCGAUACAAUCUGGGUCUCCAUCCUCGAUUUAGCCGAACACCACUUCAGCCAGGACCUAGACCCCGCUGUGUUGCGCGACCCGUCUUGCUGGGCCAACCUGCGCUCGUCGGAAUAUCUCAAGCACCUAGCAGUGCGCCUCCCGCUGCCGCAAUCCAACACGGCCGCCGCGAAGCAGAUGCGCAUCGCCGCCGUGCUAGCCGUGCUGUCACGCGCGCUGGCGCGCCACGUCUUCCGGCCCAGCUACGCACUCGACAGCGGCAGCGCCGACACCGACGCCGUGCUGACGACGCUGCUGCGCGGGCUCGAGGCCGCGAGCCCGGACCACGAGAGGCACCUCCGCGGGGCGCUGCUGGCGGCGCUGACGCCGGACAAGGUGGCGCGUGCCUCGCGCCGUCGCGCCGCCGCCGUCGUCCGUGAGGUCAGCUUCCUCGUCCAGCACCUGCUGUCGGCGCUGCAGUAUGAGGCGUUCUGCGAGGGGCUGGAGGCAUGUGCCGCGCUGGCGUGCGCACAGUGGGCGAGGGUGCAGGGCGCCGCGAUGAAGAUCGAGCCGUACUUUGGCCCGCCGUUCGAUGACUUUGACUGGCAGGUUUUGAUGCUGCCGGAUAGGUUCAGCGACGGUCGCCCUGGCAGCGGGUCGACGCUCGGUCUUGAUGCUGGGAGUGACACGAUCGGGGGUAGUUCUCGUAGUCUGCCCCAGGCUGUUGCUGCUCAGGAUGCGGUGUCUUCCCCUUCUCCUUCUGCUUCUGUUGUACGAGACGACGACGCGUCGACCAUUGCUGAGUCAGUCCGGUCCGUCGUCGACCCGGCAGAUAUCAUGGUGGUCUUGUGGCCAAGCAUGUGUGCCGUUGAGGGUGGGGAGCUUGUCUCCAUCACCCAAGGCCUGGUCAUGGCCAAGGAACAAGCUGCGACGGCCUUUGAGGAAGAAGGGAGGCGGCGGCCCUGGCUCAAUGGCAAGAGGGCGAGGUCGAUGUCACAAUCGAAAAACGGCAUGACUGGGAAUUCCCACUCCGGCAAGGCUAUCUUGGCUCAGGCGAAGAAGGAACGCGAUGGCAGUGCAAGCACUGGCUCCCGCAACGGCUCCCGCAACGGUUCUGUGGCUGCUGAUGAUUGA